UACCCCUCCCUCAGACACCCGUCAUCAUGCCUGCACCAUCGCAGGAGUCUCCCAGGCUCAUUGUUCACACGGCAAUCUGCGGGCCCUGUGUCACCCUCCUAGAUGAAGAGGCACCACCAACAGAAACAUCAGCACCACCAACAGUAACAUCAACAACAGUAACAUCAGCAACAGAAACAUCAGCACCAGCAACAGAAACAUCCGCGUCAGUAACAGCAACAUCAGUAACAGUACCAUCGGCAACAUUACCAUCAACAACAGUAACAUCGGAAACAGUAACAUCAGAAACAGUAACCGUACUAUCAGCAACAGUAACAGUAACAUCAGCAAUAGUAACAGUUACAUCAUCAACAGUAACAGUAACAGUAACAUCAGCAAUAGUAACGGUUACAUCAACAACAGUAACAUCAGCAAUAGUAACAGUUACAUCAUCAACAGUAACAAUAACAUCAGCAGCCGUAACAUCAGUAACGGUAACAUCAUCAACAGUAACAAUAACAUCAGCAGCCGUAACAUCAGUAACGGUUUAUUAG